GGCUCAUGCCACAGUUCGAGGCGUUUGAGUCACCUUCAAUUGAUCGAUUGACCUUCGCGCAACUUCGAACUCAUAGUCUUAGAGCCCCAUCGCUCUUGCCGUGAGUCCAUUUGUCCAUCAUGUCGGGCAGCUCAAGUGCCAGUGAGCCCACGCGGGUCUCCAUCUUGGGCAAGGAAUCCAUCAUCAUCGACUACGGACUCUGGAAGAACUUCGUCGUCCCAGACCUGCUGGAGAACGUAUCCUCGGGCACCUACAUCCUCAUCACCGAUACAAACAUCGGUGCUCUCUACACACCUACCUUCGAGGCCGCCUUCAACGAACACACAUCGAAACUCGACAAUGCGCCGCGACUCCUCACCUACCAGGUUGCGCCUGGCGAGAGCUCCAAGAGCAGAUCGACCAAGGCCGCCGUGGAGGACUGGAUGCUGUCGCAAGGUGUCACUAGAGACAGCGUGGUCAUUGCCUUGGGUGGUGGUGUCAUUGGCGACAUGAUUGGCUUUGUUGCCGCUACAUACAUGCGCGGUAUCCGCUUUGUACAAGUCCCUACAACACUCCUAGCCAUGGUCGACUCGUCCAUUGGUGGCAAGACAGCCAUCGAUACUCCCCUUGGCAAGAAUCUGGUUGGAGCUUUCUGGCAACCCCAGCGCAUCUACAUUGACCUUCAGUUCCUCGAGACUUUGCCCAAGAGAGAGGUCAUCAACGGCAUGGCCGAGGUUGUCAAGACGGCUGCUUUCUGGGACGAGGCCGAAUUUGCUACCUUGGAAGAGAACGCAGACUUGAUCAUGAAGGUCCUGGACGACAAGACCAAGAAGGGCGAAGGCAGAUUCACAGAGAUCGCCCAUAUUCUCAAGCGCAUUGUUCUCGGUUCUGCUCGCAUCAAGGCUGAGGUCGUUUCCGCUGACGAGAGAGAAGGCGGUCUGCGCAACAUUCUGAACUUCGGUCACUCGAUUGGUCAUGCCAUUGAGGCCAUUCUUACCCCUCAGAUCCUGCACGGCGAAUGCGUCGCUAUUGGUAUGGUCAAGGAGGCUGAACUCGCCCGCCACUUGGGUGUCCUAGCCCCUGGUGCCGUUGCUCGUCUUUCCAAGUGUAUUUCAAGUUACGGCCUUCCUACUUCCCUCGAGGACAAGGUUGUUCGUAGAAGGACUGCUAACAAGCACUGCCCCGUCGAUCGCUUGAUUUCGAUCAUGGCUGUCGACAAGAAGAACGCAGGUGGCCAGAAGAAGAUUGUCCUUCUUUCCGCCAUUGGAAAAACAUACGAGCCCAAGGCCAGCACUGUGGCUGACAAGGAUAUCCGCAUUAUUCUCUCUCCUAGUGUGCUCGUUCACCCAGGUGUUGACAGCUCGCUUAACGUCUCCUGCAAACCUCCAGGCUCUAAGAGUAUCUCCAACCGUGUCCUGCUUCUUGCUGCUCUCGGUUCUGGUCCCUGCCGCAUCACCAACUUGUUGCACUCGGAUGAUACUCAGGUCAUGCUCACUGCCAUCAACAAGCUCGGUGGAGCAACCUACUCCUGGGAGGAUGAAGGCCGUGUCCUUGUCCUCAAUGGCAAUGGUGGUGAACUGAAGGCUAGCGCUGACGAACUCUACUUGGGUAAUGCCGGCACUGCAUCUCGCUUCUUGACCACUGCUGUGACCCUCGCUAAACCAUCCUCCGUCAACCACACUGUUCUGACUGGAAAUGCUCGUAUGCAAGAGAGACCUCAGGGCCCUCUUGUCGAUGCUCUCCGGUCCAACGGCGUCGAGAUUGAGUACAUCGGCAAGCCUGGAAGUCGCAGUCUUCCUCUGCGUAUUGCCGCUGCCGGUGGCUUCGAGGGUGGUGUGAUUGAGCUUACCGCCAAGGUUUCUUCUCAGUAUGUCUCAUCCAUCCUGAUGUGCGCGCCUUACGCCAAGAACCCUGUGACACUCCGUCUUGUAGGCGAUAAGGUCAUCUCCCAGCCAUACAUCGACAUGACCAUCGCUAUGAUGGCUCAGUUCGGUGUUCAGGUUGAGAGAUCUAGUACCGAGCCCAAUGUUUACCACGUCCCUCGCAAGGCCUACACCAAUCCCGCCGAGUAUGAAGUCGAGAGCGACGCUAGCUCUGCCACUUACCCUCUGGCAAUGGCUGCCAUUUCCGGCACCACCUGCACAGUCCCUAACAUCGGCUCAAGCUCUCUUCAAGGUGAUGCACGCUUUGCUGUUGAGGUGCUGAGACCUAUGGGAUGUAAGGUUGAGCAGACCGCAACCUCGACUACCGUCACCGGUCCCCCUGUUGGCGAGCUAAAGCCUUUACCUGAGGUCGACAUGGAAACCAUGACUGACGCUUUCCUUACCGCGUCUGUACUUGCUGCAGUCGCUAAGCCCAACGCGGAUGGUGCCACCACCCGUAUCUUGGGUAUUGCCAACCAACGCGUCAAGGAGUGUAACCGUAUCAAGGCAAUGAAGGAUGAACUUGCCAAGUUCGGGGUUACAUGCAGAGAGCUUGAUGAUGGUAUCGAGAUUGAUGGCCGUGGCUUUGAUCUUCAAGAAGCAAAGGAUGGUGUUCACUGCUAUGAUGACCACAGAGUCGCCAUGAGUUUCUCUGUCCUCUCAACCAUGGCUCCUCACCCUUCGCUCAUCUUGGAGAGGGAGUGUGUGGGCAAGACUUGGCCUGGAUGGUGGGACCAACUGUCUCUGUUAUUCAAAGUCAAGUUGGAAGGUGUCGAGGGCGCCUCUUCUCACACUGCUGGUCACUCUGUUUCCUCAAGUAACCAAAAGUCAAUUUUCAUCAUUGGCAUGAGGGGUGCCGGCAAGACCACUACUGGCGGUUGGGCUUCCCGUCUGCUUAGUUGGCCUUUGAUCGACCUUGACACAGAACUCGAGAGAACUGCUGGUAUGACCAUCCCCGACAUCAUCAAAGAGAAGGGUUGGGACGGUUUCCGCGAGCUUGAACUCGCUCUUCUGAAGACUGUAAUGAAGGAGAAGCCCACUGGCUACAUCUUCGCCACUGGUGGUGGCAUUGUGGAGACUACCGAGGCUCGUAAUAUUCUCACAUCUUACCAUAAGAAUGGCGGCAAUGUCCUCUUGGUGACCAGAGAUAUCAACCUGGUCAUGGAUUUCUUGCAGGUCGAUAAGACACGCCCAGCAUAUGUCGAAGACAUGAUGGGCGUAUGGCUCCGCAGAAAGCCUUGGUACGAAGAGUGCAGUAAUUUCCAUUAUCACAGCCAGACGGUCGAGUCGAUGGACGGUGCCAGAGCCAAGAACACAAUCGAGGACUUUGGCAGCUUCCUGAGACUGCUCACUAACCGUGAGUGUGCUAUGGAGCGUAUGAGAAGAAAGAAGGAAUCCUUCUUCGUCUCGUUGACACUUCCCACUGUUGCCCCCUUCUUGUCUCGCCUCAAUGAGAUUUCGUUUGGAGUCGAUGUCAUCGAGUUCCGUGCAGACCUUCUUCAGGACCCGUCCACAUCUGACGGACGCCCGAGCCCGGAGUUCCUAGUCGAACAACUUGCAGCUCUGCGAUCAGGCAGUUCCCUGCCCGUCAUCUUCACCAUCCGCACCAAGUCUCAGAGUGGUCGAUUCCCCGACGGCGCUGAUGAGGAAGCAAUCAACCUCUACAGAGUCGCACUACGAAUGGGUUGUGACUUCGUCGAUGUGGAGUUGACCUCAUCGCAAGAGCUCAAAGACUUUGUCAUCUCGCACAAGCGCAAUAGCAAGAUUAUUGCCUCUCACCAUGACCCUGCAGGAAAGCUCUCAUGGGCCACUGGCGGCAGUGCGUGGAUGCCGCACUACAACGCUGCUCUGGAAUAUGGAGACAUCAUCAAGAUUGUCGGCACUGCAAAGUCAUUGGAGGACAACUUCGCACUUGCAGAGUUCAAGGCUUGGGCUGCAAAGACCCACCCUGAGAUUCCUCUUAUUGCCCUCAACAUGGGUGAACACGGCAAGCUCAGUCGCAUUACGAACCGCUUCAUGACUCCAGUCUCUUCGCCUGCUCUUCCCGUUGUGGCUGCUCCUGGCCAGCUUUCGGCCGCCGACAUUCGCCGCGGUCUUAGCUUGAUCGGCGAGAUUGAACCUAAGAAGUUCUAUCUCUUCGGUUCGCCCAUAUCCCAGAGCCGUAGCCCUGCCCUUCACAACGCCCUGUUUGCCCAAUCGGGACUCCCGCACGAGUAUGGCUUGUUCGAGACUACCGUAGCGAAGGAUAUUGAGAAGAUCAUCCGUGCUCCCAACUUUGGUGGAGGUAGCGUGACCAUUCCUCUCAAGCUGGACGUUAUGGAACUGCUUGACCAUGUCGAUCCUGCCGCCAAGAUUAUCGGUGCUGUCAACACCAUUGUGCCUACUCAGGUUGGUGGAAAGACCAUUCUGACCGGUUACAACACUGACUGGCAGGGCAUGACCAUUGCCCUUCAGUUCGCUGGUGCCGAGAACAACAACGGUGUACUGAAGGAAGCAGCCAUGGUCAUCGGAGGUGGUGGUACUGCCCGUGCUGCCAUCUAUGCUCUGCACAAGAUGGGCUACAGUCCAAUUUACCUUGUCGGUCGCAACACAACCAAGCUUUCCGCGUUGGCUGGCUCCUUUGACGAGCGCUUCAACAUCGAAGUCUUGAGCGAUACUGAACAGGUAUCGAAACUUUCACCCGACAGACACCCUGUCGUGGCCAUCGGUACCAUUCCCGGUGAUUCGCCCAUUGACCCUGCUAUGCGCGAGACUCUGUGUGGUUUGUUCGAGGCUGGCAACAACACUCGUGAUAUUCCCGGACCUGCAGACAAAAGCAAGGUUCUGCUGGAGAUGGCAUACAAGCCUCGCAUCACAUCGUUGAUGCAACUUGCUGACAACAGCGGUUGGAAGACUGUUCCUGGUCUCGAGGCCUUGGUCGGACAGGGUGUGCAUCAGUUCAAACACUGGACUGACAUUACACCUCUCUACGACUUCUCCAGAAAGGCUGUGUUGGGUGAUGAGGCAUGAGGAAAGAGUUUAGAAAUUGAUGGAGGAC